AUGGCGGUCGGGGCGGGCGCGGGGCAGUUCGACGACGAGGCCGUGAAGGCAGAGGCGAACGAGAUGCAGGAGUUCGGCGAGACUGCGUUGGGCUUCGAGGUCAACGACGGGAUGCCGAUGGCCAUGCGCCAGACUGGUUGCUCCACCGUCGGGUUCGAGGGCAAUCAGAAGGAAUUGUAUGGCAUCGUCAACCUCAUCUUGAUGGCUGGUGAUCGGAUUGCGGAGGUGCAGCCUGGGGGGGCCGUGAAGGCAGACCCCGAAGAGGAAGCGGAGAUGACUGCCCUCCGCGCGGUGGUCGCAGCGGAGGGCGACGCUGCGGAAUGCAUCCGCCGCUGCUCGGCUGCCUGCGUGGCCGCGGCGCGGGCGGUGGCGCGGCUGCAGGAGGACCCCGCGGCGCUCCCAGGCGCCGUCGCGCGCGCCGCUGCGGCCCUCGAUCAGGCCGUUCAGCAGGGGCGGAGAGCAGAAGAGCAGCACCGAUCGCGGAAGGCCUGUGCCUGGGAGACGGCCUGUGCGAUGGUGCGUGCGGGGGCCGCGGGGCCCGAGGAGGCCGGGCCCCAGCAGCCAGAGCCGUACACUGCCUGA